CGCGCCAUCAAGGUGAAAAAGAGAUCGAGUAGCAAGAGAACAACUUUUUUCGCCGACUUCGCACUACUGCUAGGCUGUGAUUGCCGCGGAACCCGAUAUGGCAACACAAGGCCCGACGACGACGGCGACGACAAUGGCCGGAGCCACCCCCGCCGGUAUGACAUCAAGGCUUGCACAGAUGCAGAUGCGCUUCCAGCAACGCCAACAGCAGGAGCGGGACCAGCGCAAAGUGGAAAUGAUUUCCACCACAAAAACCACGGCCGCAGCCACGGCCAGUUCCGUAACGGCACACCAUCAUCUCAACGGUGGAAGCACCGGAAGCAGUAGCAGCACCAUCCGUUCCUCCACUAUCAACGCCUACUCGAACGCAACGACCACCACCAGCAGCACCGGCACCGGCGCCAAUGGUGACCUCUCGGCGUCCCUCGGCGCUGGCAAGGUACGGCAAAUGUUCGACGAGAGGCGCCAUCGGGUGGCCGGAAUCGACAAGAGCUAUCCCCUGCAACCGAUUCAACAGCAAACGCAGCAGCAGACCGGCAGGACCGCUACCAAUAAUGGUGGCAGUAACGUUUCCAAUGGCAACUCGGCAAAGACGGCGGCGGCAGGGUUGAACAACAAGACACGUGUGCCACCGAUUUCGGCCAACACGAAAGCGCGCCUCGCAAUGCAGCAACAACGACAACAGCAGCAGCAAGAGAAUGGAAAUCACGUGGAGACCUUCAAAGCCGCCUCCUUCGAUGACAACGAAAACCUGCUGGAUGACGAGAAAUUUCCAGAUACCAUUUCUUUCGACGACGAUCUCACUCUGACUCCAACGCCUUCUGUCCGGAAACUUCCGAAUGUGGGUAAACUCAACGGCCAGCAGCAGAACGUCAACAGCCUCAAACUGAAACCGGUCCCGGGACGAACCCCUACGACGCCGGCGUCAUCCACAGUCAAAACUACCAGCAGUGCAACGAAACCCGUUACCAAAAGGGCCACUCCGAUGGCAAGUUCUUCAUCGGCUCCUGCUGCACCGGCACAGCCAUCGAGUAGCCCCUCGUCCGCUAAAUCUUCAGCGUCACGUGCCUCAACGGGCAAAUCAACGGCCAUGGCCAGCCGAAAACCGUCUGCAGCGUCCUCCGUCAUAUCGACGUCCGCAACCUCGAAUCGUUCGGCCCCAGACGAACCUGUUCCGGACGGUCUGGUUCGGUGCACCAUCUGUAGCCGGAACUUCGCCGAAGACCGAAUCGAGAAACAUCGAGAGAUUUGCCAAAAGACCAAGAGCAAGAAACGCAAGGUCUUUGAUACAACAAAGCACCGAGUGCUGGGAACCGACGCCGAAAAGUACGUGCUCCAGAAGAAGAAGGUCGGCGCUGCGGCCAGUAAGAAGUCCGUUUCCGGACCGUCGACUGCUCCAAAAGGCGCGGACAAUCGCCGCAAGAGUGACUGGCGCCGAAAGCACGAGGAGUUCAUUUAAGCCAUCCGAGCGGCCAAGGAAAUGCAAGCCCACCUGGCGAAGGGAGGCAAACUGUCGGAUUUGCCGCCGCCACCCCCCUCGGAGAACCCGGACUACGUGCAGUGUCCACAUUGUUCACGCCGCUUCAAUCAGACCGCUGCCGAACGACACAUUCCGAAGUGCGCCACCAUGCUGCACAACAAGCCGAAACCGACCGCGAAAGCGAAGAGAUUCUAAAGCAGCCACUAACCAGC